CUUAUCAUCAACAAGCGCAACAAGGAUUUACAUCAAUCUUGAUAUUCCAGAAGUUGAUACAGUUAUUGACAAGUUGAAGAACGUUGCAAUAGUAGAAGUGAAUCAAAUGAAGAUUGAACAACCACCAAUAAUACCAACUAGAGAACUUGCCUUACACAAUAGGAAGACAAUUGCAGAGAUAAAAGAAAUGGAAGGGAACUCUGAAGUGAAGGAAAUAUUCUACACAUGUUUAUGCAAAGUUGAAAGAAUAGACAACAAGUAUGGCUGGUAUUAUAUUGGUUGUAUAACAUGCAAGACGAAGGUUAAGUUUAAAGAAGGAAUUUUUUGGUGUGAACGUUGUCAAGCGGAACCGAAAUUCAGCGUGCCAAGGUAUAGGAUACAAAUUGAAGUAUCAGAUACAACAGAUUCAACAAGAUUCAUUAUCUUCGACAAAGACGCUGAACAACUUAUAGGCAAAACUGCAAAGGAACUUGCCGAUUUGCAAGAUGAGAAUUUGAAAGACAAUAUCGUGCCAAAAGAAAUCGAAGCAAUUGUUUCCAGAGAAUAUGUCUUCCAAUUGAAACUCAAUGAAUAUAAUUUGAAAAAAGGUUGGGAAAAUUAUACUGUUUAUAGAAUCUUUGAAGCGCAAGUUGCAAAAGAAGCUAACAUCCAUAAGGAAACUCCAAUUGUAAAGAUUAGGGGCUCUAGCUCCAAACAAGAAGAGGAAUAUGACGUUGUUAGCCAAACAAUAGAGAACGAACAAAUGUUUAGUAAAGAUUCUUCCUUGCAUUCUUCCCUACCUAUAGAAGACACAGAGUCGGAUGAUGAUUCAAUACCUCUCAAGUUUCUUUACAAGCGAUUCAAAACUACUAAGAAGAAGACUUAUCAUUAAUUGAUUUGCUCCAAAAUUAAUGUCUACAAAUGAACUCCUGUUUAUAUUUUUAUGUGCAGUUUGUAUUCUACAAUAUUUAUA